AUGGCCAAACGAAUUGCAUUCAAGGUCCACGGCAAAGUUCAGGGGGUGGCCUUUCGUGACUUCACCCAGAGAAGAGCUACGAGCUAUGGGGUUACGGGCUUUGUUUUUAAUACUUCAGAUGGAAAGGUAGCCGGAGAAGCGCAAGGUGAUGAGGAAGCACUAAAGAAACUGAAGGCGGAUUUGAAGGCGGGACCUAGAGCAGCCCAUGUGGUGAAACUCGAGAUUAAGGACAUCGAUGUCAAGGAUGGAGAGGAAUCGUUUGACGUCUCAGUAUGA